AUGGGGGGGGUGGGCAGUACUGUGCAGUUUGAGGGGGCCCCCCCCCUGGCUUGCCGCAGAUCCGCAGGCGAGGAGGCUCCACUGCCGCUCGACAAACGAGAAGCAGCGUCCUCUUCCACAGGGUUCCCCUCUCCCACCAGCCUCACGCGGCAGCCACCCGCUGGCUUGUGGCAGGCAGAGGAAGGAGACAAGUCUCUCGACGCUGUGCUGCACACGCUCAGAGUCUGGGGAGCUUCUGCUACUACUACUUCUGCUACUUCUGCUGCUUCUACUACUAGCCCCUCUACGGGCUGCCUGCUGCGGCAGCGUCAGCUGCUGCUUGCGUGGCGCAUGAGUCGGAGAGGCGUUCCUGGCCGCUGCGGCUGCUGCGAGACGCUUCUUUCCCUCGAAUUACCGAGCAGUGCGAGCCGCUUUCCUCAGAAAACAGCCGGAAAUCCACCAGGGAACAACAGCGGCAGCAACACUUGUAGCCUCUCCGCAGAGACGCUGCUGAGUGCAGAUCUCUUGCGCCUCCUCUCUCAAGCGCAUUCUGCAAUUGCAUUGGACAGCUGCAGUCGGAGCGUGUGGCAUGCCGUACAGCCUUGCCAGUGUUGCAUGCAGCUGACAAAUCAGCAGCCUCAAGAGCAACAACAACUCGACAGCAAGGACGGAUUCCAUAGCAAAGCCAGCACGAAGACUUCCCAGACAAAGGCGCCGCAGGCUUUCCUCAAGACGAGACAUUGCUCGCAGGAGGAGGGGCAGCAGCAGCAACUACAAAAAACAGAGCAACAACAACAGCAGGAGCAGCACGUGUGGGCAGUUUACUUGUGGGAGGGCUUGGAGGCACCCCGCUAUAUCCUCGAUCACUCCCGUCUGCGCACUUUGCGUCUCGUGGAGGCACUUGAAAGCUGCAGUCAGAAGGGACCGCAGUGUCUGUCUCCCGCAGCGUUGCUGCCGUGGGGAGUCUUGGCAGUCAUUCAACCGCAUCGCGGAGAAGCAAGGAGAGAGGCAAGAAGGGGGGGGGGGUCUGCGGAGCAACUUGCAGGAGGAGGGGAAUGGAUGUCUGGCGAAAAAGGAGAGCAGCAGCAACAGCAGCAGCAGCAGCUGAUGUCUUCGGCAGAGGCACACGCACUACUCGCCCGCAACGCGCUGCUGCAGCGGCUGCUGCUUAAACCUCCCCAGUUGAGCUGUGGGGUGUCUUCGUAUUUGGCAACUGGUGGGAAGCAGUCUGGGGAAGGGAUAGAAGUGCUUGCAGGCUGUGCGACCGCUUCUGCCGACUCAGAGACGUCUGCAAUAAGCAAUCAAGGUGACAUGACACCUGCCAAGAGAAACAUCCUGCAUCUGCAGCAAACUCAGGAUACAGCUCAAGUGCAGCUGCACGAACAGCUUCACCAGCAGACUCCUGUGCAACGCACUGCUGUUGUCGUUCCCCCCCUCGCCCUCACAGGCAAGGGUGUUCCUUGUCUGCAGGGAAUUCCCGCUAGGGGCCCCCCCUCGCGUUUACAGGGGGCCCCCCGACUGCAGGGGGUUCCCAAGCUGGCGAUUCCGAGGCUGGGGAGUGGGGGGGGGGGAGGGCAUGGGGGCGGUUCUGUCUUUUCGCCUUUUGCUUCUCCUGGGGGGAUGCAGCAGCGUCACGGCAGCGACUCUAGGGCUUGUGGAGCUUCGACUUCCCUCCUUGGCUCGAGGAGAAGGCGGACUGAGGAGGACGGUGUGAGCUUGUACAGCCGAACAAGGCAGCAGCAGCUCAUCAACUUCCGCCGCGUCAUCAGCGAUGUAUACGAGGGACGCCUCUUUGUUUCGGGAGCCGCUGCUGCGUGCGACGUACAGUGUCUGGAAGCCGCUGGCAUUACCCAUAUUGUGAAUACCAUUGGCGAUAUCUGCCCCAACAUCUUUGAUCGCCUGUUUGUAUACAAGACUUACUAUCUGAAGGAUACGCGGCAGCAGGAUAUCAUGUGCGUGCUGUACGACUGUAUUCGAUUCAUAUCUGAGGCAAUUCACGCCACAGAAAGCGACACCGAUGCGCCUCCUACAGGAGCAGCCGCUGAGCCUCUCACUCCCUCCACAAGCGAACGCAGGACCAGAACAGAAGCAGCAGCAGCAACAGCAGCAGCAGCAGCAACAGCAGCAACAGCAGCAGCAGCAGCAACUCCUGCUGCUGCUUCUGACGUGGCAAGCUCCCUGAGCGGCAGCCGCAGGCUUCGAAUGAAACCAACUCGCGUGCUCAUACACUGCAAGGAAGGCGUCUCGCGCUCAGCAACGCUGGCCAUUGCUUUCCUCAUGUGGAAGCUCAGACUUCCGUUUGCUGAGGCGUUCGAAUGGAUGCGAAAGCGCCGAGCUAUCUGCAGUCCGAAUACAGGCUUCACAUUCCAGCUGUUGCUGCUGCAGAAGCGCUUAGCACUUAAGAUCCCGCGAUCGCUGGUGCUUUCCCGAGACGUGGCAGACGACGCGCGAGACUCGCAAGACCCGGGAGGAGACUCUGGCGAAGCCGUUGUUGAGGGGAGCAGCAACUGUCGGAGCGCGCAGCAGCAGGGGGCUUCCCCGAGAGACGACGCGUCGUUUGUGCUGCUGCUGCGUCUGGUGAUACACUCGCCUCAUGCUCCCGAUUUCCUGCUGUGGUCAGAAAUGACGGACUGGAAGCCGGGGGGGGGGCCCCUCCCGCCGAUCUCGGAGCAGGGUGCCUAUAUGCUGAGAAAAGGCUCUCAGGGAUGGAUUUGGCGAAACUCCAGCAAGUGUCUUCGCUCGGAAGCUGACGUCGAGGCUGCAGUGAAAGCCUAUGAAGCGAAUGUGGCACUCGUGGAGGGGCGUGUCCUCCGUCUAGAAACCGUCACCCCUGGCUCAGAACCUCCCGACUUCUGGAGCACUCUCGGAUUUUCAGUGCCGCCUUACCCGCAUCUGGCUUCUUCCCAUGUCGCUUCGGGGGUGAGGAAGGCGUCAGCUCGCUUUUUAAACGGCGGUUCGUCGCGCGAAUCAGAGCAGCUUGAAAGAACCUUGCCUGAAGAUUCGGAGGAACCUUUUCACUGGAGAGACUACUGCACUUUCGAUCCGUCCGCACUGGGAAGGGGAGAAUUUCCCUCCGCGCAUGGCUCUUGCGCAGAGGCGGUCCAAGAGCCAGCAGCCUUUCAGAGGCAGCCACUCCAGAAAGGGAUUUUGCAGGAGUCGCUUGGUCUCUAUGACGAGGCACAAGGACCUGCUGCGGAAAGCUGCAACGCUGCAGCCAAACUCUUUUGCCUGCCCAAUCUCGAUGAACCUCUAGACCUCUUUGACUCGGAAGAUCUUUAUUCGGACGGCAUCUUCUUGCUGAUGGUAGAGGAGGGCGACACGUUUGAAGCCGCCAGCGGAGGCUGCCGCUCUGCAGCCGACGUCGCCACGGAAUCAGAAAAUGCCGGAGCGAAUGCGUGGCUGUGGGUAGGAUCGGAGGCUGGCUUUGAUCUUCAAAAGGAUCUCGAGGCUGUUAGAGCUUAUAUUAUGCAGACACUGCAGCUGCAGCCUGGAAAACAACUGCAUCUCGCGAUCGAACUCGAGGGGGAGGAGUCCGAGGCUUUUUGGAGUUAUUUCGCCAACGGAUGA